AUGGGUCAUGAAGGAUUCUAUAAGUUUUUGUUAGUCGCGAUGGGGAAUGUCGUGUCUGCUCUACUAAUGUAUGCACUGCAGGCAGCCUGGUUGUGUCAAAGACUCAUCGAUCAGGAUUACAGACAAAAUCAUGGUAGCAGACUGACACCCAUAGCCGACAACAAAAGAUUAAAGACGACAAAAUCAUUGGACAUAAUAUCGUCGUCGAAUCAUCCGUCGACGACGGAUUUAAUUCUAUCAAAUAAAACGAUCAAUUAUAAAUUAAAACCUUCCAGACAAAGCUCAAGAAGUAGGAGAAUAGAUUCGGAAAAAACGGAUUCGUCAAAAAGUUAUAAAUCCUCGCAAAGAGAAAGUCGAAGGCGUAAAAGGAAUUUAAUUAUGGAAAAACAAUUACCAAGUGGUAAAAAAUUAAAUUUAAGUCAUUCGUAUUUAAUGGAUAACGCGGGUGAUACGACUACAAAUUUCGCCGCGGAAUAUCUAAGCGGUAUGGAUCAGGUAUUGGGUCUUCGAAGAGCUUUCAGCGACAUUAACCUUAGUACCAAUUGGUCGGAUAACAAAGAAAAUUAUCGUCAUUAUUUGUCUUCGGAUGAAAAUAAAGUUGGAGAAACGUUUGGGAUACCAGUGACGGAAAAAGACUUUGUUAAUUUGAUAUUCUCAAAAGGAUACGUCACUUAA